CUUUAAAUAAACUCAAUUCCAAAUUUAACAUCAGUACAGAUAUUAUCCUCACGUAGCUGUUGAGACAAGCAAAGGCACGAGACAAGCAGGUUGCAGCAAGCCAGGCACAGGUCUUGGCAGUAUCGCCGAACCUCUCUCGAGCUCCACUCCAAGCUUCCAACUGCCUGUCCUGUCCUGUCCUCUUCAGUGAGCGAUCAAAAUGCACACGACACAGCCAUUGCAGAUGCUAGGGAGAUCGGCCCGAAGGCAGGCGCUUCUACUGUCCGUCUCCACACGGUCGAUACCGGCGGCGUCGAGAGCAUUCUCAGAAUCAGGGCCCAUUCGAUCAGCAGUCGCUCCACCGCGAGGAUGGACACCAACACCCUAUGUGACCGAGACAGUGGGAGGAGGCUGGCAUACCUAUGAUAUUUUCUCGCGGCUUCUCAAAGAGCGCAUAGUUUGCCUCAAUGGCGAAGUCAACGAUACCACAUCUGCCUCGACCGUCGCCCAGCUCCUUUUCCUCGAAGCCGAUAACCCUGAAAAACCGAUCCACCUCUACAUCAACUCGCCCGGCGGCUCUGUCACUGCGGGCUUGGCCAUUUACGACACAAUGACUUAUAUUCAAUCACCAGUGAGCACAAUCUGCGUUGGACAGGCAGCCAGUAUGGGAUCAUUACUUUUAUGCGGCGGGCACCCUGGCAAACGGUUCUGUUUACCACAUUCUUCGAUCAUGGUGCACCAGCCCUCAGGUGGAUAUUUUGGACAGGCUAGUGAUAUUGCUAUACAUGCCAAGGAGAUUCUUAGGGUUAGGGCUCAGCUGAAUGAGAUAUACAAGCGACAUCUCACCGGGAAGAAAGAAAUGUCACUGGAUGAUAUCGAGAAGCUGCUGGAAAGAGAUUAUUUUAUGGGAGCCAAGGAGGCACUAGAGAUGGGAAUAGUUGAUGAAAUCCUGGAAAAGAGGGUGAAGCCAGAAGAGAGUACACAAAACUCAGUUUGAGCUUUUGCGCGACAGAUAAGUUGUAUGAUGUAUCGCAAGAACGGUGUGUAUACAAUAAAAACGCGACCCCGAUACCCUACUCAUCUCCAUAGCUCUAAAUAUAAAGUACAAUAAAUUCUAAAAAGAGGUGUAAUGGCGUGAGAUGAAAUCUAGUUAAAAAUAAAUAUAGAAUUGAUGCUUUGAACUACUGGAGAACUAACUCCACGAGGAUAGGGCUUAUGAUGAGC